UGAUGAAAAUAAAAAAAUAGUGGGCCUAUGACAUAAUUAUUAAACAUUCCAUCAAAGAAAAAAUAAAAAAAUGAUGUAGACAGAUAAAAUGUUCACCAAAUUAAAUUUAAAAUUUUCCGUAUUUAAAUCACUCUUCAAUUUGUUGUGUUCGCCAUCAAAAUCUUAUAGUCACCGAUGGAGAAACGACACUUUUCUACCGAUAGUUUCCAGAAAAUCACUCAUCCAAUCAUGGAAACCCGUCUUUCCAACGAACAAAUCCAGAAUUUUACCUAUUCCAUCGAUCGAAUCUAAACAGCCCAAUUUCGACAUUGUUCUUAAGCAGUUUGGAUUAAAUGAAACGAGCCAUCACACAAAAUUUCCCACAAUACUUCCAAUUCCACUAAAACAACAUUUUGGAUUUAAACCAACACUUAUUCCAUCACCAAAACCGAUUAAAAAGGAAGAAAUAAUCACCUUGACGCGACUUGUCAAAUACCAAGUUGGUUCGAAAGCCCGAAAAUAUUUGAAAAAUUGCAGAAAAUUCGAACAUCGAAUUCAACUACUAACAGAUUUAAAGAAUGGCAAAAAAUUGCGUAAGAUAAAAAAUAACACCGGGUUUGGACUAUUUCAAGGAAGCGAUCCAUUCCAUUUCGGGAAAACCGCAAGAAAAUUGUCGAAACAAGCCGAUAAAUGUGGAGAAAAAAAAGGAAGAGGUCCCGACAUUUGUGAAGAGGUUAAAAAAAUUAUUGCGGAACACGAAAAAAAAAGUAGCAUGAUGAAAGGGGCUUGUAAAAAAGAAAAUGAGAAGAAAUGCUCCCCGAAACCUAAACCAUGUCCUAAAAAGGAAACAAGUUCUUGUGGUGGUGCGAAAAAGGAGGAAAAGAAACCAAAAACGUGUGGGGAACCAAAAAGUUGUGCGAAAUCAGAAAGUUGUAAGACUUUAAAGUUGAAACCAAGUAGUUGUGGAAAACGAAAACCGAAAAGUUGUGGAGAACCAAAGAGUUGUGAAAAAAAAUCAAAGAGUUGUGAAGAAAAACCAAAGAGUUGCGAAAAAUCAAAGAGUUGUGAAAAACCACCAAGUUGUGCAAAACCUAAAACGACAUGUUCUGAACCUAAGACGACAUGUUCAGAACCAAAAACAUGUUCAAAACCGAAACCGAGUUGUAAAAAAGAAAAGAAAUCUUGUUCAAAAAAAGUAAUAUCAACUCCAACCUGUCAAAAAAAAUCAUCGUUUAAAGCGAUAUUUGAAAAAAUUUUAAAAUCCCCCAUCUUUGGAACUAAAAAACAACCACCUGUAUGCCAACAAAAAGAAACGAAAUGCCAAAAGUCGGCUCAAAAAGCUUGCGUUUCAACUUGCCCAAAAGUUGAACCAAAAAAUUCUUGCGCUUCAACUUGCCCAAAAGACGAACCGAAAAAAUCUUGCAAUACCACCUCAAAACAAGUAGUGAAAAGACACCGCUGCCCAUUAUGCGGCGGAGAACACCAAGGAGCGAAAAAAUCCGAUUGCGGAAAAGCUAAUUAUUCCAACCAACCGAUUGGAAAUGGUAGUUGCGGGGGUGGUGCUAAAAAAUCAAAACCGAAAUGUACUUUUGGCGUGAAUAAAAAACGAAGAUCUUGCCAAAAAAAGAAAGGUGGGUGUACUUUUAAUAGGAGUUCCGGGGGUGGAUGUGGUGCUAAAAAAUCGUCUUGUGGCGGUGGUGGAGGAUGCGGAGCGGCGAAAUCGCCUUGUGGUGCUAAAAAAUCGUCUUGUGGCGGAGGUGGAGGAUGCGGUUCGAAAUCGCCUUGUGGUGGUUCCAAACCUAGUUGUGGUGCUGCUAAAUCGCCUUGCGGAGGUGGUGGAGGAUGUGGUGGUUCAGGAUCGAGAAAACCUACUUGUAGUCAAAAAGCGUGUGGGAAAAAGAGUGGAGGAUGUGGUGGCGGAGGAGGAGGAGGUAAAUAAAUAAAUUAAAUGAUU